CGAGCCCUGCGGCCCUUCCCUCCCGGUGUCCCCGGCUGCCCUCGCUCCCGGGCCCCGCCGUCUCAUUUGCCGCCUUUUGACGCGUGACCCCGGCGCGCUCGCGACUGGGGCCGGUGACAGGCUCGGAGUGCGCCCAGCGGUCCCAUGUGCUUCCUCCCUCUCGCGAACGCCGCAGUCGCCGCGCCCCGCAUCCCGCUCAGGCUCCUCGGCAGAGGGCUCGCCGCCGCCAUGUCUACCGCCGAGCCACUCAAAUCCGUGGACUACGAGGUGUUCGGGAGAGUACAGGGUGUUUGCUUCAGAAUGUACACGGAAGGUGAAGCUAAGAAAAUCGGAGUGGUUGGCUGGGUGAACACCAGCAAAGGCACCGUGACAGGCCAAGUGCAAGGCCCCGAAGAGAAGGUCAAUUCCAUGAAGUCCUGGCUGAGCAAGGUUGGGAGUCCUAGUUCUCGAAUUGACCGUGCAGACUUUUCUAAUGAAAAAACCAUCUCUAAACUUGAAUACUCUAAUUUUAGUAUUCGCUACUAAUGGAAGAGAAAUAAAGUUGUAAUGCUUACAUUGCACAAGACACCAUGUAUUCUAAAGUUCAUAGUCUAGAAUAAUAGUGUCAGAGUCAGAUAUAAAAGAGGGAACUUUCUAUUAUGAAAGCUAUAGAACUAUAUGUAACUAAAAAUAUCUGACACUGAAAUAAUUUUGCUCAGCUGUUUUUAACAAGCAAAAACAUAAUAUUCUAAGAUAAAAGUACAAUUACAAAAUAUUUAAUGUGAACAUCCAAUUUAAGCUUGUCUCAUGAAAUUUUUAAUUUCAAUGAACAUUAGCAUACAUGUUAUUUAGCUAGACAUAAAGUUAACCAUCCAAAAUUAUUUUUAGGUAUUACUGUCUGUAGUGAAUUCUAAUGCCUUCUGAAUAUAAUUUAUUAAAGUUGAGAAAUCUGUUAUUGGAGUCUUUAAAAGAACCAGUGGUUGAAAUAAAUGUAUGUGAUGAUCAAUAUAACCUUAAAAUAAUAUCAAUAAAGAAUUAAUUUUUAAAAUUCUGA